ACAGGUGUCUCGGACGAUUUCACACACCGCGGCAGUCCGUGUCUACCACCGCUGCAAUACCUGUCCGCCGUCCGCUUCGCGUAAUAAUAAUAUAUUCCCUCCAAAUGCGCGUCGCGAUCCCGGUGGACGGUGAAUUUUUUUCGUGCCGUUUUUCUCGCCGUUCCAUCGUGUGGCUGUUUUGAAAAAUCCAAAAAUCAUGUCGUCGCGGUAUUAUAAUAUUAUGUACGGUGUUCUGUGACAGUGCGCACGUUCUUCUUCGGCACGAUCGAGAAUCAACGCAUCGGCGGACCGGACGAAUCGUUCGAUUAUGGACAGAUAGUCGAUAAGCGUGCAUUUCAGAAGCCAAUAUGCCAGGGCCGAGAAGGUUUAGCAGUGGUGGAGUGGGCGGAGGAGGCCAAGCGUGGGAAAUGGGCGAGCGACGAUAUUCUGUAGCUGGUACAGACCCUCAUUUAAGCCACCAUGCGGUCACAUCAAUGGGACCACCAGCAUCUGAAGAUCUUCACGCUUGGAGUAUUUACAGACAAAAUUUAAAUUCUGAUUUUACGGACUCUGCGCUUGGUUCGAGUGAGAAGUCUCCCCUGCCAUAUGGUAACUUUCAGUUACGUGAGUCAACUGUGCAGUCCAUACUUAGCCACCCACGAUACGGCCCUAAAUAUGACGUGCAUAAAUCGCCGUUGAGUUCAAAUAUGUACACGUAUCUUAAGUUUGGUUUGCCUAGAGUAUUUCCACCGAACAGUCGCAGGGAUGGAUCCAGUGGUUAUGACUCAAGCGAGGACGGAGCAGCCAUACGUAAUCAACGACCUUAUACUAGAACCAGGAGUGAUCCAGACUUUUGCAAUCACGCGUUGUACCAUCAUGGUGGGCCUACUCUGCAAAGACAACACCCGGGUCGUCGAGGAAAAAGCAUAAGUGAAGCUAAUUUACUUGCACCUCAUGGAUAUCCGAUUCGACAAGAACUUCCAACUAUGCGAAGAAGUGUACAUGACUUACGAGCAUUGUCUGAAGCUAAUCAUCAUCAUCAUCAUCAUUAUACUAAUCCAGUACAUCACUUCAGUGCUCAUCACUUAGCCAGCGGCAGACCAGCUUCUAUAGCUGUUGUUGGUACGACUGCUACUACACCUCGAGAUAGAAGUAUAAGUAUGAUGAGUAAUUUAAGUCCAAAUCGAUCAGAUAUUUAUGGUCAUCCAGCAAUUGUUUAUCCAUAUCUUCAGGUAAGAGGUCUAGAAGUGCCUAGUAGUUCUGAUGGAAAAAGGCCAAAAAUUCAAGGCAUAUCGUUUGAAGUUCAAGCUGGGGAAGUAAUGGCCUUUAUGAUGACUUCUGAACGAGAAGGAGAAGCUCUUCUAAGCAGCCUUGCUAAUCGCCAUCCGUGUCAAGUACAGCACAUAUUGCUCAAUGGACAAAAUAUUUCUAUUUCUUCAUUUUCUAAGCGUAUUGCUUAUGUACCUGCUGAAGCUAAACUUGCUCCUAACUUAAGUGUAGCACAGACUUUGGCAUUUUAUUCUCAUUUACGUAAAGCUCCUGCUCGUGCCAUACCAAAAGUAUCCCAAAAUGAUCAAAUGGGAGUACUUAUUGAAGAGUUGGGGCUUGGACAAGUAUUAAAUACUAAUGUUUCUGAACUAACUGCCUCUGAAUCUCAAAGAUUAAGUGUAGCAUGUCAUUUGAUGUCUGAUGCAGAAAUCAUAAUGCUUGACAGGCCAACAGCGACAAUGGAUAUAUUCGAUACAUUCUUCCUAGUUGAGUUUUUAAGACAGUGGGCAGCUGGCGCUCCUACCGGUGUAAAUCCACGCAUUGUAAUGGUGACAUUGCAACCACCAACUUAUGAAAUAUUUACCAUGGUCUCAAGAGUAGCUUUAAUAUCUGUCGGUCAUUUAAUGUACUCCGGGCGACGUAGAAAUAUGUUGCCAUAUUUUUCAUCUGCUGAUUAUCCAUGUCCUGCUUUCAAAAAUCCUUCGGAUUACUAUCUUGAUCUAGUAACAUUAGAUGACUUAUCAGCAGAAGCUAUGCUAGAGUCAAGUCAAAGAGUAGAACAAUUGGCGGAUUUAUUUCGAAGAAGAGUUGAACCUUUACCAGACCCUGGACCACCGCAAUCUUUGCCAGGCAAACCCCGGACUGCAUCUGUGCCAAUUCAAAUUGUUGCCAUAAUACUACGUCACAUGGCGUAUUCACAACCCAGAAGUAGCUUACGAUGGAUUUCUAGGAUAUUUAUUGCUGGUAUAUUAUCUAUAGUUAUUGGGGCAGUAUUUUGGGAUAUUCCAGCCACAGAUCCGCAACUUUCAUUUGGAGACAGAAUGGGAUUUUAUUAUAGUACUAUGAUAAUUGGAGCAUUACCAUUGGUGUUACAAAUUGCAUUAAAUGACACUCACGGUAACGAUCGUGAUGCUAUUGAAAGUGACAUUGCUGAUAAUUUAUACAGUCGUUUUGUCUACAUUGUAACAUCUAUUUUCUGUGGUAUCCCUCCGUCAGCUUUGAUCUGGGUGGUUUAUUCUGUACCAGCGUAUGCUAUGUCAGCUCUUUAUCAAUAUUUAAAUGAUCCUGAACCAUUUUUUGCAUAUAUAUUGUACAUUACGGUUCAUAUGAGUGCUUUGCAAUUAUUGGCAACAGCAAUAGGUUACAUGAUGCCUGGUCGCCUCAGUUCAUCAGUAUUAACAACAAUUGCUGUUCUUGUGUCCGGGGUUGUGAGCGGUGUACCACUAAAUUUUGCUGAUCUAAAAAGAAUCCCUGGAGCCCGAAUCCUAUCAACUUUAUCACCUACCAGAUACUUAAUGUUGCCAUUGUUACAAAGUGAUCAUACAUACGAAACACUUGUUUCUUUAGCUGCAUCUCUAGUGUGUCGCAAUAAACAGAUUCAACAUCAAGAUAUUAUUGUACAAUUACCUUGUCCUAUCCCAAAUGGUACUGCCGCUCUCAUUCAUCACGGUCUUUUGACUCCGGAAGUAGAGCCAUACAUAAUACUGACUGACCAAGAUUCAUUAUGGGCUGGGCUUUAUUUAUGGGGUUUCUUUGCUUUAAUUGUAAUAAUAUUUUUCGUAAGCAUUGGUAGAUGUUGUAAUAGAUUUCACAAAGUUUGCCGUCCACAAAGAUAAGUGUAGUUUUAGAUAUUAGAUAUAGUGUAAUGUGUUAUUUAUAACAUAUUUUGUAAUGUAUAUUUAUUAAUAACAUAUAUAUUAGAUAAUUUAUUGAAAAAUCAAUUAUUAUUUGGAAAUACGAGGUAUUUUUGUACUAGUUUUGUUAAUACAUAUUUUAGAGUCAUUAUUUAAAUAUAUUUCAGUAUUAAUUCAAUUGAUAAACAUAUGUGAUUUGAACGU